UCAGAGACAUCAGCCGAGAAAGAUCAAGUUUGCGAAUAGUAGCGAGUGGUGCUUGGAGGACACGUCACGGUCAACUACUCAUCUAGCAGGCGCCGCAGUGUAUUCAACUGACGUACAUUAGCACAGUUCAUUAGAAUUCAGAAGUGAUUCAUUAAGUAGUUCCCGCUUUUGUGCCCGUUUUACUGACCGACGUUAGAAAGUUUCGUUUUGCUAUCAGCAAUGUCUUGGUACUAUACGCCCGUACCGACCGUGGUUCCCGCGGCAGAUUUCAACCCGUCGGCAGAUGCGGCCGCCCUGAGGAAAGCGAUGAAGGGUUUCGGCACCGAUGAGCAAGCAAUCAUCGAUAUUCUGUGCGCACGAUCGAAUGCCCAGCGACAGGAGAUUGCGGCCGCGUUCAGUCGCGACCUUGGCCGCGAUCUGGUGAAGGAUCUCAAGUCGGAGCUCAGUGGCAAGUUCGAGGACGUGAUCAUUGGGCUGAUGCAGCCCCCGUUGAACUACCUGUGCCAGCAGCUGUACAAGGCGAUGGAUGGAAUCGGUACGGACGAGAAAGCACUGAUUGAGAUACUGUGCUCGCAGAACAACGAGACAAUGCAUGAGAUUGCGCGCCUUUAUGAGCAGCUGUACAGCCGGCCCCUUGCCGAGCACGUCUGCACUGAAACGUCGGGCAACUUCCGGCGACUGCUGACGAUGAUCAUUACCGGCAGCCGUGAGGCGCCCGGAACCGUCAAUCCAGAGCUGGCCGUGCAGCAAGCGAAACAGUUGUACGACGCCGGCGAGGGUCGCUUCGGUACGGACGAGUCGGCGUUCUACAAAAUAUUGACACACGCUUCCUUCGACCAGCUGGAGUACAUAUUUGAGGAGUACAAAAAGUUGACCGGCCGUACAAUCGAACAGGCACUGAAGAACGAGCUGAGUGGUGACUUGUAUAACGCCCUCAGGGCGAUCGUUGAAUGCGUCCAGAUGGCGCCACACUUUUUUGCCGGGAAGCUGUUCAAAUCCAUGGACGGCAUGGGCACGGACGAUAAGACACUUAUUCGCAUCAUCGUUAGUCGCUCGGAGAUAGAUCUGCAGAAUAUCAAAGAUGAAUAUGAGCAGAUGUACAACAAGACACUCCUCAGUGCCGUUCAGAGCGAUACUUCUGGGGAUUACAAAAAAGCUCUCUGCGCCAUCAUUGGAAAGGCAUAAGCGGUUAUCAUCGAAUAUCGUUUUACGCUACUGCACCAUUUACAAAGGCUUAUCGUCGAUUUUAAAAACCUAUAACUGCACCCGAGACUACCGAAUCUCAUGAGUCGCCAGUUAUUGCACCCGCGCCUUGCCUCAGGAACAAUAACAGCGACAGCAAAGGACACAUUCUACUAAUUUUAAUGGAAACGAAACCUCACUUAGCAGCAUACGGUUUUAUGCUGUGUCCAAACACAAGUGCCAAUGUAUUUAAUCCAAUGAGAAACGUGCGAUGCAGAUUCUCAGUUUCAUGACAAUUUCUGCCUGUAUCACACGUUUUUUUCGAAACUGUAUUCGGUUUAUCAAUACUUAUGAAUAAACUGCGCCAUAUUAUGCGCAAAUAAAGACAA